UGGGGAGGGGGUUUGCGUUUCUGUGCGCGCUGCAGGCGCGGAGCGGGUAAGGGACCAGGCGCAGACGGCGAGAGGGCGCGACAGAGCGCGCGCACACACACAAGGAUCUGCUCCCACACACACACGCACACACACACACACACUCGAGCCUUCGAAAACACAACGGGGCGCAACAUUGGAAAUGGAUUUGUGCAAUAUAUGAAUCUCCGUGUGCAAUAGCACAGGGGAGCAUGCGUUCUCUGGAAAGCUGAGCUGCUUUUGCUUCAUUUCUUUCUCGUGUGCAUUUUUCCCUCAAAUCUAUGCAGGAGACCUGGACGGCUGGACACAGACAGGGACUUUUCUGAGGAUUUAACAUGGUCCAGUUUUAAGAGAUAAAAUCGCCACAAAGCUGUUGGAAUUUCGACUUUUCAAGUCUCUGAAAAUGGCAAAACAAUCUUCCAAAAGGAAUGUAUUGUUUUUCACAACGUUCCUAAAACUCGCUGUGGUGACUGCAGUAGCAGGCAGCGUGUCGGGUAAGACUCUAAAGUACAAAGUUUUGGAGGAGCAGAGAAUAGGGACGGUGAUCGCCAGGCUCCGGGAGGACGUGGCCGGCGCCCUGGCCAAACUCCCGAGCUCGGUGUCGCCGCGCUUCCGCGCCGUGCAGAGAGGCAGCACUCCGUCGCUUUUGCUUCGCGAGGAAGAUGGCGAGAUCAGUAUUGGGAGCAAAAUCGACCGCGAGAAGCUCUGCGAAAAAAAUUUAAACUGCACCAUCGAGUUUGACGUGAUCACCCUGCCUCGAGAAUACCUUCAGCUGUUUCACGUACAAGUGGAAGUACUGGACAUCAACGACAAUGCCCCGCAGUUCGCUCGCGCCGUUAUCCCCGUGCAGAUCUCCGAGAGCGCGUCGGUGGGCACGCGCUUCCCCCUGGACAGCGCCGCGGACCCGGACGUUGGAGAUAACGCUUUGCACACGUACUCUCUCACGCGGAAUCACUUUUUUAAAAUCGACAUCCGUACGCGGACCGAUGGCGCUAAAUACGCAGACCUGGUUGUGGUCAGAGAGCUGGACAGAGAGACGCAGUCCAGCUACCAGCUGCAGCUGUCUGCGUCCGACUCAGGCGUCCCGCCGAGAUCCGGGUCGACUCUGCUGAAGAUCAGCAUCUUGGACUCUAACGAUAACAGUCCUGCCUUUGAUGAGCAGGCGUAUGUGGUCGAGCUUCUGGAAAACUCACCACUGGGGACACUACUGGUGGAUUUGAAUGCUACAGACCCGGAUGAAGGCAAUAACGGGAAAAUCAUCUACUCUUUCAGCAGUCACGUGUCACCCAAGAUCCUCGAAACAUUUAAAAUCAACCCAGAAAAUGGACAGAUCACUUUGAUGAAGAAAGUUGAUUAUGAGACCACAUCAUCCUAUGAGCUAGACAUACAGGCCCAGGACAUGGGUCCCAACUCCAUCCCAGGCCACUGCAAGAUUAUCAUUAAGGUGGUGGAUGUUAACGACAACAAGCCCAGAAUCAACAUCAACCUGAUGGCGCAGGGGAGAGAGGAGGUGGCCUACAUCUCAGAGGCAGCACCACCCGAUACCUUCAUCGCCCUGGUGCGUGUGGACGACAGCGACUCCGGGCCCAACGGGGAGGUAGCGUGCCGCUUGCACGGACAUGGACACUUCCGUCUGCUAAAGACCUACGAGAAUAACUACAUGAUACUGACCAAUGUGUCACUGGACCGCGAGAAGCGCUCAGAGUUCAGCCUGACCGUCAUCGCCGAGGACGGUGGCUCUCCCAGCCUGUCCACCAUCAAGCACUUCACCGUACAGGUGCAGGAUGAGAACGACAACCCACCACACUUUGAGAAGAGCCACUACGAGAUCUUCAGGUCAGAGAAUAACUUGCCCGGAGCCUACCUUACCUCGGUCGUGGCCACGGACCCGGACCUGGGUCCUAAUGGCCAGGUGACCUACUCCAUGGUGGACAGCGCAGGGCAAGACAGCUCCGCCUCCACCUACGUGACCAUUGACCCGUCCAGUGGCGCCGUGUACGCCCUGCAGACCUUUGACCGUGAGGAGGUGGGUCGGCUGGUCUUCACCGUGCAGGCGCGUGAUGGAGGGGGUGGGGCCUCGCUGAGCACCAACGCCACCGUAGUGCUGACCGUGCUGGACGAGAAUGACAACGCGCCCGUCAUUGUGUCCCCGCCCCUUAGCAACCACACGGCCGAGGUGGCGCUCUGGAGGCAGGCAGAGCCCGGUCACCUGGUGACUGUCAUCAAGGCAACGGACAGGGACGCAGGAGCCAAUGGUGAGCUGACAUGUGCCAUCAUGGGCGGCAACGAGGCACGACUGUUUGUGAUGGAACCACGGCAGUGUGAGCUGCGCACCAAUGGCAGUGUGGAGGGGGCGGGGCUGGAUGUCUUUGACCUGUCUGUGCUGGUGCAGGACCGCGGGACAGUAGCACGUCUCUCCACUAGCAUGCGUGUCCGUGUUCUGCUACAGGAAGGUCCUGACACCCACCUGCUCACACCCUCCGACCCUACUGGUCAGACACCGCUCGACGUAUCAAUGAUAAUCAUCGUCUCCCUGGGUGCCAUCUGUGGGGUGCUGCUGGUUGUCAUGGUGAUGUUCGCCAUGCGAUGCUCUCGAGAUCAGAAAGAUCCCCGCCAUUCAUAUAACUGCCGUGUCGCUGAAUCGACCUAUCAGAACCACCCAAAGAAACCGGCGCGUCAGAUCCACAAGGGUGACAUCACCCUGGUGCCCACCGUAAAUGGCACGCUGCCUGUGAGGGCACACGCAUGUUCCCCCUCCGCCUCGCCUGCCCCUGAGAGUAGGCGGAACCACCAUAGCCGUCAAUCACUCAACAGUCUGGUUACCAUCUCCUCCAAUCACGUUCCAGAGAACUUUUCCCUGGAGCUUACCCAAGCUACCCCACCUGUGGAGCGAGUCUCACAGCUUCUAUCCAUGCUUCAUCAGGGCCAGUACCAACCCAGACCCAGUUUCCGUGGCAACAAAUACACUCGGAGCUACAGGUCUGCUCUGAAUGAGAUGGACAAGUUCAGUCUGAAGGACAGCGGACGAGGGGACAGUGAAGCUGGGGACAGUGACUGUGAGAUGGGACGUGAGUCUCCUCUACUGGGAGAACUCGGGGAACUCUUUACUCCUGAUGGACAACACCGACUGCACCCGGUGAUGAAGUUGUGUACGGAGGAGUGCCGUGUCCUGGGCCACUCGGAUCAGUGCUGGAUGCCUCCUCUGACCUCACCCGCCUCCUCUGAUUACCGUAGUAACCUCUACAUCCCUGGUGAAGACCACCCGCAGAGUCCCACACCUGAAGCCACCCAGUCUGGUGACUCCACCCUGAGAAAGAAGAGUUUCUCCACAUUUGGCAAGGAGAGUGAGGAGGACGAGGCGCAAGGCGAAGACUCAGAGAAGGACGAAGACCUUUGUGGAACAAGUUCACUCCUGUCGGAGAUGAGCAGCGUGUUCCAGAGGCUCCUUCCCUCUUCGUUGGAUGCAUACAUUGAGGCCAGUGAGGCAGAGAGGGUGGUAGUGUGCCCCGUGGGGGUUGGCUCUCUCGAGAGGAGGAGGGGCCACCUGCCAGGUAAGCCUAGCCCUGCCUCUUACCAGCAGGACGUGGCUGCUUGGGCAGCCAAUACGCACUUCCAGAAUCCUGGUCAUAGCCACGCCCCUGCCAGUCACAUGACUGCGCCAGUGCCGCCACUUCCUGCUCCGCUGCCAGCACCGGUGUCGGCUUCCUGUUCAAAAUGGCUGCCGGCCAUGGAGGAGAUUCCGGAGAACCGUGAGGAGGAUGAGCUGGAGGCGGUGCUGAGUCAUCUCCAGGGAAAACACGGAGACAGUCACAGCGAGAUCGUGGAUGCCAGCGAGCUCGUCGCCGAGAUCAACAAACUACUACAGGAUGUCCGACAGAGCUAGAGAGUGACCUCUGACCUCCUGAGAACGACAGAGAAAAAAGCAAAUAACUAUAUAAACCCAGACGGGUUGUUUAUGUGAGGAAAACAGGGGAUUACACAGACCUGCAGCUGUCAUUAAAGUUGCAUUUUUGAACAUAAUGUAAUGUGUUUUGUGAAUGCUAAUUAUCCAAAUGAUGUAUGGAUUUUCUGUUUUUUGAAGACAUAGUGUACACAAUGUGAGUGUAUUUAUCUUUGUAUUUUAAAAAUACAAUUUGUAGUCUUUAUAUUUAUAAAAAAACAUGUACAUAAAUUUAAGCAAUCAGAUUUCUAUUUUUAUAUUUUGAACGCAUGUUGAAAAAAACAAGGGAGACAUGCAUGUGUAAAUAUUCCUAUUUAUGCAGAACACAAAGAGAAGAACUAAUGUUCUGUAGAAGGUAAAAUUAUAAAUACAAUGAGAAUAUUGUUAUACCAGGAGGGAGCAUGUGGGUUUGGUAUUUAUAACGUAUGUUGUUGUGUAUCUUUAUGUGUAUCUUUAUGUAUUGUGUCAAGUUCAGUUUAUGUUAAAUGGAAAAUAAAACAAAAAU